AUCCUACGGUUGGAUCUCAGAUGUUGGAUCUUCAAAGUUGAAAGUCAAUAUAAAUAUGGACCCUGUGCACCAAUUGGCCAUGCAAAGGAAAUUCCGAGCUCUGAGCAAGUUCUACUUCAUGACGAAGCUAGAAUCAAGUUUAUGAAUGACAGAAUAUCCAACCUGUAUCCGACAGAAGAAUCCAAUUCACCACUUCCUAUUUCAACUGACUCCAAAGAAGCCGGCAUUUACACUGUAACCAUUAAAAUGGGCACACCUCAACAAGAUUAUUCGGUGAGCAUUGACACCGGCAGUGACAUCACUUGGUUACAAUGCCAACCAUGUUCCAAGGCUGCUAUUCUAAUCCUAAACUCCGCUUUGAUCCCUCCAAGUCCUCUACUUAUGUAA